GGCGCGAGCGUGCACCUCCGAGUGGUGAGCGCGCCCCGGGGCCGGCUUAGCUGCUCGGGUGCGCGCCUCGGGGCCCUGCCGCAUCUCUGUCCUGCCGGCAGCCUCCGGAGCCGGCAGUCCGUACGGGCAGGGUCAUCCAAGCAAGCUCCCCUCCUCUCCGCGCCCGUUUGCCCCAAGCCCGACCGAGCUCCGCCUCCCGCAUCUUUUCCCGGUACCAAACAACGCGUUAAUCCAGCUCUUCGUCCAAGUGCUUCGCGCUUCCGGAAGAAGGCAGCGGAUUUACAAAAGGUGCAGGUUUGGGCAGAUUUGAAGACUGGUAUUUUGAGAACUUGUAAAACAGGAGACGUGUUUGAGAUGUGGUGGUUUCAGCAAGGCCUCAGUUUCCUUCCUUCAGCCCUUGUAAUUUGGACGGCUGCUGCUUUCAUAUUUUCAUAUAUCACUGCUAUAACACUUCACCAUGUUGACCCUGUUUUGCCUUAUAUCAGUGACACUGGUACAGUAGCUCCAGAAAAAUGCUUGUUUGGGGCAAUGUUAAAUAUUGCGGCAGUUUUAUGCAUUGCGACCAUUUAUGUUCGUUAUAAGCAAGUUCAUGCUCUGAAUCCUGAAGAGAGUCGUAUCAUCAAAUUAAACAAGGCUGGCCUUGUACUUGGAUUACUGAGUUGUUUAGGACUUUCUAUUGUGGCAAACUUCCAGAAAACCACCUUUUUUGCUGUACAUGUAUGUGGAGCUGUGCUCACCUUUGGCAUCGGCUCAUUAUACAUGUUUGUUCAGACUAUCCUUUCCUACCAAAUGCAGCCCAAAAUUCACGGCAAACAAGUCUUCUGGAUCAGACUACUGUUGGUUAUCUGGUGUGGAGUAAGUGCAUUUAGCAUGCUGACUUGUUCAUCACUUUUGUACAGUGGCAGUUUUGGCGCUGAUAUAGUACAGAAACUCCAUUGGAAUCCUGAGGACAAAGGUUAUGUGCUUCACAUGAUCACUACUGCAGCAGAAUGGUCUAUGUCACUUUCCUUCUUCGGUUUUUUCCUGACUUAUAUUCGUGAUUUUCAGAAAAUUUCUUUACGGGUAGAAGCCACUUUACACGGAUUAACCCUCUAUGACACUGCUCCUUGCCCUAUUAACAAUGAACGAACACGGCUACUUUCCAGAGAUGUAUGAUGAAAGGACAAAAUAUACCUAUGGUGAUUAUGAUUCUCAGGGAUUGGGGAAAUAUUCAUGAAAGUUACUUAUUCUGCUCUGAAAUUUUCAACCAGUUAAGGCUGACAGUGACAUCAGAGAAUCCUGAUAAUCAAGAGACAUGAAUUAAGCCAUUUGAUGUUGUUUUAAAGGAUAUCUUCAAGAGGACCAUGAAAAAACAUUUAUGCCUAUACUUUUUUAUCCCAGAAAAUAAAACCAAAGGACUACAAAAUUGUAGAUUUUUUUCUACUUUUUUAAGAGAAACAACCAGAAGUGCACCAAGCAGUCUGCAAAAUCCAGCUUUUCACAUUUUUAAGAACAUUACAAACCAUGUUUUGUUUGGAGCACUUAUGUGAGAUAUGUUUCAGGACCCCAAAUAAUCAGCAAUGCUCAACAACUCCUUUAAAAUUGGGUUUUGAAGUAAUAGUUUUACCAUAUUAAUACAUUUCUUAUAGUCUUUAUAAAAUGUAUUUCCUCUGGAAUCCAACUUUAAAGGGAAGCAGACCUGAAUUCAUGUGAGCACUUUUAUUGCUUAAGCUUUGCACAAGAGAUUCUGUAGAUUUUGAUUUGAUUCCUGCCACAAGGCCAGAUAGUAUGCUAACUGGUCUAUACACAUGCUUGUGAUAGUUUCAUGAAGCUUAGUCUCUGAUAUGAGAUUUUAAUUACUAAUAAAUGAGAAAAGUAGCUAUAGGUAAAUUUACUCCAGUUGUGUUUUGCAUAAAACAAUGGUUAGUGUUCCUACACAAGUCUGAGAAGUUUGUGAAUAACAGCAAGUAUAAUUAAAAUAAAAGUCACCUCAACUGCACUCAAGAGUGUCUGAAGAUUUUCAUUUAAAGUAAAUUAUAAUUACUUGAAAAAG